GAUGCAGAAAAUUUAACGAUGCGUUUACGACAACUAAUAUCUUGGGAUUCACCGAUCUUCGCACUUGUGGAUAUGCAUCAUUCUUUGUUCUGUAGAGUGAAUUCAUAUCUCUUGUAGGGAUGUCAUAUCGUUCAUGCGAGUCACAGAGCACGGUCCGGAAUCUCAUUUCAGGAGAAUAACAUCACCACAGUUUUAUUUAACGCGUAUAUUUUUUCUCCGAUACUAACAAUAAGAAGAAUUUUAUAAAAAUUAUAUUCAUAUAUAUUCAAUUAACUGAACUUUGAUGCUAUUUUUUUCUUUCCCCAAAUAUGUUGCAAAUAAUAAAUAUUGUCAUCGCCGUAUUAUUCGUUAAUGACGUCGUCGGCGCGGCAGCAACACCAGCUUUGGGCAAAGUUUUCGAAAUACCAAUCUACAGAAAACCUUUGGAAUUCGUUAACGAAAAAUCCCCGGAUACCUCAGACAAUGACAUUGAAAAACCAAAACCACCAAAUCCUUGGAAAAAUGACACUGUCUCGUUAGAAAAAUUUAUGGACGCAGAAUACUUUGGAAUAAUUCGUGUUGGAAGACCUGCAAAAGAAUUCAGAGUUGUUUUUGCUACAACAUGGGCAGACACUUGGCUUCCAUCUGCACAUUGCGGUCUACUGGAAAUGGCGUGCAUGAUACACACGAGAUACGACAGCAGCAGGUCUUCAACGUACCAAGAAGAUGGAACGCCUGCUAAAUUCGAACAAUCGGGAAACGAUAAUCUCAGUGGUUUUGUAUCGCGGGAUCAUUUCCAUCUAGCUCACAUUACUCUGGAAAAUCAAAGUUUCGUCGAGGUAACUCACAUUCCAUUCAUACCCUAUGGAUAUAGCAAAGCUGAUGGUAUAGUCGGCCUUGCUUUUCCCAAUAUGAGACAAGUUCAAGUAGAAACAUUUUUCAGCAGCAUGUUGAAACAAGGCCUCAUUGAAAAACCUGUUUUUACCUUCUACUUCAACCGAGAUCCUACGACGGAAAGAGCUGGUCGUUUGAUACUUGGAGCAACCGAACGAAAAUACGUCAAUGGUUCGCUCACUACUGUUCCAGUUAUAAACAAAGGGUAUUGGAGCAUAAGAGCCGACAGAAUAUUACUAGAAGAUUAUUCAAAAACUUAUGCAUUUUGCAAAGACAGUUGUGAAGCUAUUUUAGAUACAACUACAAACACAAUAACAGGACCUACUGCAGAGAUUGAAAGAUUGAAUGCACUCCUUGGAGCAAGAGCAUUUGUUCCGUCAAUAUUCAAAAUGAACAGAUAUAUGGUAAAUUGCAGAGACUCUGCUAAACUACCUCCUAUAAAUUUUGUUAUCGCUGGAGUGGAUUUCACCAUUCGUUCCAAAUACUACAUUCAACACCUUACAUACGAGAGCAUGGAAAUCUGUUUGUCUCCUUUUGUACCCGAUAAUCAAACACAAUGGUUAAUAGGAGGUGCAUUUUUGAUGCAAUUUUACACGGAAUAUAAUUUCAAUACUGGCCAAGUUAUGAUAGGGCACACGAAGUACUGAGAACAUCUAUCAUCAGAUCAUCAUCAACUAUCAUUGUUUCUACAAAGUGGCUGUUUUGUAAAUUGAUAUAACCAAGUAUUCUAUAUUACGUCAACGAUAUCAUGUACAGAUUAAUGGAAUGCUUAUUUGUAAAAUGAUUGUGCAGAAUUAAUCGAGUCAAUAAUAAAACGCUCAAUUCUGCUAAAGUAGAAUGGAAAAUAUACAAAAGAAAA